CCCUCCAGACAGCCAGGGAGCAGCACUGCUCUGAUGGCGGAGGAAGCAGUUCCGUCUGCCUGCUGGAAAUUGGUAGAAUCCAUACAGUAAGCAGUUUGUAGCGGUUAGCAGUCAGCAUUUUAGCUUACAUCUGUGUUGAUUAAUGCAUCUGGCGCAUAGGGCUGUAAAUACUGUGAAAACUGUUUUUACAGAAUAAUAUUGUAAGUUAAGUGGAGAUGGCUGGCGGCUCUGAAAAUGAAGAUCUAUUUGACACUAUUCUUCUAGCGGAUGAAAGGUUCCGAGGGGAGGGCUACCGGGAGGGAUUUGAUAAAGGGACUCGCCGAGGACUGCAGGACGGUCGCAGACAUGGUGCCGCUCAUGGGGCAAAGCUCUCCACUGAGAUUUCCUUCUAUUAUGGGUUUGCCAUCACAUGGAAAUGUCUCCUCCAACAUAAUACAGAUGUCAAAUCAGGGAAGCGUAUGAAAGCACUGGAGACUCUCCUGGGUUUGAUCCAAAACUCCCCUCAUGAUGAUCCGCAGUCUGAAAAGCUACAGGAGCACAUGGAAAGACUUCGUGCCAAGUUCAGACAGGUCUGCUCUAUGCUGAGUGUCCCGGCUGACUUCAACGAUUACAUCAAAACUUGUGAAGGGACUUCUUUCUGAACCCAGGCUGAUGAGGAGGAGGUGCUGAGACCACUCUACGUCCUGGACAGAAGACAGCGAAGUCCUGUCCUGGGCUUGGUCUGCAGUGGAUUAAUUUCAGGGUCUGCAGUGUGAAGAAGGGACUGCACCAGUUUGACAGUCCUCUUUGAGAUUAGUCUUUGCCUUCACAUUCUGGUGGGAAGGUCUAACUUGUAGGAAAGUCCACGCCCCGCAUUUAACUGGAAAAUCUCAGGAGACGACUGCAGCCACUGGAAUGGAGUACCAGUAAGAAAGAAAUGGUUAUGUUUCUUGUUUGACUGUGGUAAAUGAGUGGAUUUAUUGCCGUGAUGUUGAAGCAACUGAAUUGAAAUCGAACAAAGACACAACAGAAGCAAAAGACGCCAAAAUAAAAUCUUGGAACAUAA